AAAGAGGCGAGACAUAACCAACACCGCACACCCAUUACUCCCUUCACCAUCUCAAAUUAAUGGCCGCCACUCUCUCCCCCUCCGCCGCCCUCUCCGCCGCCCAGAAACCGCCGUCGCCCCCCAGACCCCACCACCACGUCACUAUCCCACUCACCAGGCCACCCUCAACCAACCUCACCGCCACCCUCACUGCCGCCGCAGCGGCCGCCGCAAUCCUAACCACGGCCACCCCUUCCCUAGCUGACUACCACAUAUACUACGGCACCGCCGCCAGCGCUGCUAACUACGGUGGCUACGGCGGCAACUCCAGCAAGAAAGACUCCGCCGAGUACGUCUACGAUGUCCCCGACGGCUGGAAGGAGCGGCUCGUCUCCAAGGUCGAGAAGGGAACCAACGGCACCGACAGCGAAUUCUACAACCCGAAGAAGAAAUCCGAAAAAGAAUACUUGACCUUCCUCUCUGGGUUUCGCCAAUUGGCCCCGAAAGACGCCGUUUUGAACAAUCUGGCCUUGUCGGACGUGGAUCUUCAAGAUCUGAUUGCGAGCGCAGAUGACGUGAGAUCGGAAGAGAAGAAGGACGAGAAUGGGCAAGUUUAUUAUGUGUACGAGAUUGAUGGCGUUGGUGCUCAUAGUUUGAUUUCUGUAACUUGCUCCAACAACAAGCUCUACGCUCAUUUCGUCAAUGCGCCGGCGCCGGAGUGGAAUAGAGAUCAAGAAACCUUGAGGCACCUUCACGAAUCCUUCAAAACAGUUGGAUCGUUUUAGUGGGGGGUGUGUGUGUAUACAUAUAUGAAUCAUGAUGUUGUCUGUAGAGCAAGAGAAAAUGGAAUAUUUGGUAUUUUAAACGAUACGAUUCAUUCUCUGAGCCA